AUGCACCGCGCCAGCAGCAGCCGUUCGAGCAAGCCGUCUUCCAGCCGGUCCAAAACCAGCAGAUCCAGCUCCAGUUCGGCUCGAGACCGCAAAUCGCACCGCUCGCGUUCGCGCUCUCGUUCGCGCUCUCGUUCUCCGCGGAGCCGCCGCCGGUACCGCUCGCGCUCCAACGGACGCUCUUCGCGCCGAAGUAGUCGGAGACGCUCUCCAGACAAGCGCUCUCGCUCUCCGGGCAAGCGUUCUCGCUCUCCGGGCAAACGCUCUCACUCUCCGGGCAAACGCUCUCCAAGUUUGAGUGAUGUGAACAGGGAUGACUUGGCUGAUGGUCCAAUAUUUAGAAGUGGCCUUCCACGCCCUCAAAGCAUUGAGCGAUAUUCCUUGAGCAAGGAAACUCCUUCUAGUCCUUUCAAAACAGGACAAAAUGAGGAUUAUCGCUUUAGAGAUGAUUUCCUCCAUCAAUCAAACUAUAGCACCAGCUAUAACCAUCUACAAUAUCUCCCAAGCGAAACGGAUAGGUAUAAUAUGCUACUUGGGAAGCCAUCAGAGGAUACAGGGCAAGACCUAGAACUUCCUCUGCAUGACACAGACGACAGACUGCUUGAGAUAGGCAUAGAGCCUGAGGGUUUCUUGCCUGGGACGUGGAACUUCUGCAAGCAAGAUCCUAGUAGGAGCCCAACCCUGCCAUUCCACGAUGUGGAUUUACGUAUACUUGAAUAUGCUGGGAGAACAAGCAAAGAGGAGGAGCUGAGCAGAAAUGUCAGUCAAGACCCUGAACUUAAAUAUCUGUAUAGACCUAAUGAAAUACCAGCAAUGCCCAAAAAAUCUAUCCUGAAGAAACACAGCAGUAAUCCUUCUGUACAGCCUGAAGUCUUUUCUAGCAGUUCUGCCUCUCUCAAAGAGUCCCCUCUUCUUUCAGAUCAUCCUUCUUUUCCCCAGACAACCAACAGCAUUGCUUCUUUUUCAACUGAGGUGGUGAAAUUCCUCAAACUGUUCAAUAAAAAUGUACCUGUGGAACCUGCAAAUACGACUUCUGAAGGUGAUGUGCAUAAUUGGAAGCUGCAUUCUGGCCAAAAACAAAACAUUUCCUAUUAUAAACAAAAUUUGGGGAGCUUUUUGAAUCGGAGAGAGUGUCAUGAGUCCACUUCAGAGCCUGAAGACCAGCACAGUGACUUUUUGCUUCCUCAUGAAAGAGCCAGCCAGGAUGGGAAUGGCUUUUCACGCAUUCUGGGUAUGAAAACAGAUUCUACCAGCGCUCAAGAGAAGAGAAGGAACAGCUUCCUUGAUGAUGUUGAGGAUGAAGAGAAGUUUCUUUAUGGUGAUAAUGGGGGUGACUCAGUUUUUAUUCAAAGGAUAACAUUGAGUGGUGAUAAAGAACACGGAAGGAAGAAAAUAAACUCUCCUCCUGCUAGUCCACCUGUAAAAUCAGACACUUUAGAAGAAUCCAGACCAGAGCAUGAGAAAAUUUAUGACUUGCUUAAAACUAUUGGUCUUGACAUUGGGGUGGCUGAAAUUGGUAAGCUUGCUGCCCGCACUCAGGAACGACUCCAUGGGAAGAAAGCCUCUCGUUCCCCUGAUCGUCAUUCAUCGGCUUCUCGUAAACCUAGGGAAAAAUCUAGGGAGUCUAAGGAAAGGCACUGCAGUCAAAAUGAGACUCAUUCUCCAGAGUCAAGGUCGACCCACUCUCCCUCUCCUCCUGCUUCUUUCCCACCAUCUAAAGAGAUGUCUCCUGCUUCACAUUCUAAGCACACUAAAAGCAAAACUGCAGGGCAAGAUUAUCAUUUCCCACAACAGCAAGUUGUUCCCAUGGCAGCUCCAAUUCCGUCUGCCCCACCUUGUUUUCCUUAUAUGUUUCCUCCUCCCAUAAAUCCCCAGUAUAGCAUUCCAUCCUUUUUACCAUUUGGUGCAACUCAUCUGCCACCAAACUAUCCACCUCCCACAAUGCCUCCUCCUGGCUAUAAUCCAUAUGGACAGUGUUUCACUUAUGCAGCAGCUGGCUGGGCCAUGUCUGCUCCUCCUGCUCCUCCCCAGCAGGCUGGUCCUGAAAUUUCAAAUGAACCUGAGCAUGGUAAUCCAACAGUGCCACCAAAUCCUUCAUUUUCCAACCUCAAAGUUAUUCCGACAGUUUCCACAACACGAAGGACUUACGGUAUCAAAAGAAGUCAAUCUAUGUAUGUUCAAACCCCUUCCUCUGCUCCUAGUUCCAAAAUGCCUCCUCAGCCUACCCACAAAGGCGCUAAGGAAAAAAUAUUUGAUGAUAGAAAUCGAGCUGCUCAGAAACAAAAGGUAUUGGAGGAAAGUGGAAAAUUGAAGGCUGAACAAGAAGCACGACAGAAGAAACUGCAUUAUCUGACAGUUGAGUUAAACAGACUUACAAAACAGGAAGGGGAGAUGUCGAGGAAGAUGCGUAAGGCAGAGGAUCCCUUGCUGGUGGAAGUGAGCCUACUACGAGAGAAGAUAGCAAAUGAAGUUGCUCAGCUGCAGAUGCAUUCUGAUGCGGCAGAGAAAAAACAAUCUGAACUUGACAAGGUAGCUCAGAUCCUGGGGAUUAACAUUUUUGAGAAAGCUCGGAAGCAGUCUUCUGAAAAUAAAGACUCGUCAGAAAAUGGAAAAAAAUGAGGAGAUAACUUGCAACUCAAUCCAGAGAUUUCCACACCUGAUGACAACAGGAACAGAGACUGCAGUAGAAUUUGGUGUGGCACAGGCUGGGAAGAGGAAUACUGCAAACAAUGUGUGAGGAUGCCAGACUGUAGCCAUGGGACUUGCUGCCAACCCUGGCAAUUCAGUUGCCAAAGUGGCU